UCCACAUAAUCCAGCAAGAUGAAACACUUCGGAUUAUUGUGUAUAGUUCUCAUCUUGGUUCAUUUUAGUACACAAAUUCCACAAUUUGAGAACUGUCCUGAAAAUGUUAUGCAGUCAUUUAAUAGCUGCGAAUGUUGUAAAAUAGAAUGUUUCUCAGAAGGGACAGACAUUAGAAUGGUAGUACUUGCAUGUCCCUUGUCUUUCAUUCUGUGUCCGCCAGGAACACACAUAGAUAAUCAUGAAGAUAACACAAAAAUAUAUCCAGAUUGUUGCGGACAUACCAUUUGCAAAGAGAAAAAUAAAAAUGACAGAAUAAAAAGAAUAAAAUGAAGAAUAAAAAUGCAAGUUGCAUACAUUACUGCAUAAUUAAAAAAUAAUAUGCAGAAAUAUUGUGAAAAUGUACAAUAAUUUCUGAUAAUCUGAUCUUUAUUUCUUUACUCAGUUAAUUUGAUAUGAGUAGUAUACAAAUUUUUUUCGUAAACUUGAUAAAAGCAAUACAUCUAUAUCUAUAUGUAUAUGUAUUAAUAAACAAGCAUUGAGAAAAAAAUAUUUUAAUAGUAAGAAUAAAAAACAUCAUGUGUGUGUAAUUUUAAAAUCUUAAUUUUUUACUUGGGUUUUGAGAAAUAAAAAUUCAUUAUUUCUUAUAACAA